AUGGUCAUAUUGGUAGGAAGACUUAUUGGAACGCACCUAGUCACGGGCUCCAUUGUCUGCAUGAUCAUUUCCAAAGUUGAACCAUGGACGUGGAACAUUCCCAAACGUUUCGCCGGCAGGGCCAUUGUCUGCAUGAUCAUUUCCAAAGUUGAACCGUGGACGUGGAACAUUCCCAAACGUUUCGCCGGCAUCGUUGGCAUCGUCAGUGAGUAUCGCCAUCCUAAGCACCACACAGCUACUCGUCAGAGACAAGUUAAGCCGAUCCUUUGA